CCUUGCCCGCUUUUGUGUGUCCCGUGGUGGUGCAAGAGGGACGCGUUGGGGGGCCUCUGCCGGUGCUCCAGUGUCUCAACACUCAGUGUUGUUGUUUCAUUGUAAUAAUUCACAAGACAAACCGCUAAUGUCGACUCUGAAGCAGCAGCAGCAGAAGGAGGAGCGCGGCGGGGUCGAGGUUGCGGUGGCGAGCAACGAGGCGGUCGAGGCGGGCGGCGCCUCCGAGCGCACCCCGCGCAAGAAGGAGCGCGUCUCGCCCGGCGCCGAGGCCGAGGCCGACGGUGGCGGCGGCGGCGGUGGUGGUGGUGGCACGGCCGAGACCCCCGAGGGUCGCAGGACGAGCCGCAGGAAGAGGGCCAAGGUGGAGUACCGCGAAAUGGACGAGAGUCUGGCCAACCUCUCGGAGGACGAGUACUACUCUGAGGAAGAGCGCAAGGCCGAGAAGGAGCGGAGGCAGAUUACUGUGCCCCCUCCGCCACCUCCCCCGCCCCCCGAGGAGGAGGAAGACAGCGACAUCGAUGAGCCGUCCGUGGAGAACAUGGGGCAGAGGGGACAAAGUCUGUGGGGCCUGGAAGGGGCAGCGUUCCAGAGCCGCCUGCCGCACGACCGCAUGACCUCGCAAGAGGCUGCCUGCUUCCCCGACAUCGUCAACGGCAAUCCGCAGACACAGAAGGCCUUCCUGUACAUCCGCAAUCGCACGCUGCAACUUUGGCUCGACCAGCCCAAGACACAGCUCACAUUUGAGCAGAUGUUGCAACAGCUGGAGUCUCCUUACAACAGCGACGCACAGCUCGUGCAUCGCGUGUUCAACUACUUGGAGCGGCACGGGCUCAUUAACUUCGGGAUAUUCAAGCGCGUCAAGCCCCUGCCAGUAAAGAAAGUGGGAAAGGUGAUGGUGAUCGGAGCAGGGGUUUCGGGGCUCGCUGCCGCGCGGCAACUGCAAAGCUUUGGCAUGGAUGUCACCAUUCUGGAGGCCAGGGACCGAGUGGGAGGCCGUGUGGCCACGUUUCGGAAGGGAAACUACGUGGCUGAUCUUGGCGCGAUGGUGGUAACUGGCCUGGGUGGAAACCCAAUGGCUGUCGUCAGCAAGCAGGUCAAUAUGGAGUUGGCAAAGAUUAAGCAGAAGUGCCCCUUGUAUGAAACGAACGGCCAGUCGGGAGAAAGAUGCACUAACGUGCCUAAGGAGAAGGACGAGAUGGUGGAGCGGGAGUUCAACCGCCUGCUCGAGGCGACAUCCUACCUGAGCCACCACCUCGACUUCAACUUCCUCAACGGAAAGCCCGUCUCCCUCGGCCAGGCCCUGGAGCUCGUGAUACAGCUACAAGAGAAGCACGUGAAAGACGAGCAGAUUGAGCACUGGAAGAAGAUCGUCAAGAGCCAAGAGGAGCUCAAGGACUUCCUGAACAAGAUGGUGACCUUGAAGGAGCGCAUUAAGGAGCUGCACCAGCAGCAGAAGGAGGCCUCUGAGGUGAAGCCCCCGCGAGACGUCACCGCCGAGUUCCUCGUCAAGAGCAAGCUACGCGACCUCAACGCCGCCUGCAGGGAAUAUGACGAGUUGGCCGAGUCGCAAAUCAAGUUGGAAGAGAAGCUGCAGGAGUUGGAGGCAAACCCACCAAGUUUGUGUCUCCGCAGCGACGUGUACUUGUCUUCACGGGACCGUCAGAUUCUGGACUGGCACUUCGCUAACUUGGAAUUUGCGAAUGCGACCCCACUGUCUACGCUGUCUCUGAAGCACUGGGACCAGGACGAUGAUUUUGAGUUCUCUGGGAGCCACCUGACGGUGCGGAAUGGCUACUCGUGCGUCCCGGUGGCGCUGGCCGAGGGACUUGACAUCAAACUGAACACCGCCGUGCGCCAAGUCAAGUACACCCCGGCCGGCUGCGAGGUGCUGACUCAGCACACGCGCUCCAGCUCGCAGAGCCUCAUUUACAAGUGCGACGCCGUGCUGUGCACUCUGCCGCUCGGAGUGUUGAAGCAGCAGCCCCCGGCCGUGCAGUUCUUCCCCCCUCUGCCCGAGUGGAAAACCACCGCCAUCCAACGCAUGGGCUUCGGCAACCUCAACAAGGUGGUGCUGUGUUUUGACCGCGUGUUCUGGGACCUGAACGUCAACUUGUUUGGCCACGUGGGAAGCACGACAGCCAGCCGGGGAGAGCUGUUCCUCUUCUGGAACCUUUACAAAGCGCCCAUCCUGUUGGCGCUGGUGGCCGGGGAAGCCGCUGGCAUCAUGGAGAACGUGAGCGACGACGUAAUCGUGGCUCGGGCGAUGGCUGUGCUCAAAGGAAUCUUCGGCAGCAGCGCCGUACCGCAGCCGAAGGAGACUGUGGUGACGCGGUGGCGUGCGGACCCAUGGGCACGCGGCUCCUACUCCUACGUGGCUGCCGGGUCCAACGGAAAUGACUACGACCUCAUGGCGCAACCCAUCGCCCCGCCGCCCUCCCUGCCCGGCAGUCCACAGCCGAUACACCGGCUCUUCUUUGCUGGGGAGCACACGAUCAGGAACUACCCGGCCACGGUGCACGGAGCACUGCUCAGCGGCCUGCGGGAGGCCGGUCGCAUCGCCGACCAGUUCCUGGGCGCCCCUUACACUCCUCCGCGCACGCCAACCACGCAGUGACGCCCCGCCAGCGCGCACCACCACGUGUUACUUGGCCCUCGCUCGCUCGGGAAAACCGGGUCCCUAUCGGCGCGACACACCGCUGACGGAUUCGAGAACAUGCUGGCACGUGCCACGGUUGGCAAGGGUUGAGACUCAGGUUGACGCUUAGGUUAGACAAGGAGGGCAACGGGGGAGAGGGAACAGCUGUGCUGCCUCGCGGCUUUCACCGUGCACGCUCUAAAGAGAAAAUAGAUGAUGGAAUUGUUUCGUUUUUACUACUGGGAUGGUGUGGUGUUAAAGCUGCUUGUACUGCCUGCAUUGUGACCCCACUCGCCCCUGCCACUUAUGAGAACAUGUGCGAAUGCAAAUUGACCCCCCCCCCCCCAAAUGCCCCCGAAAAAUAAUGUUCUUGCCAUUGCAUUGUAACGUGUGGAAUGCACAAUGAAAAUUACAUGAAUAAGAAAAGUGAAUUAUUAAUGUAUAUUAGGUUUCUUUGCUAAGUCAAAUGAAAUAUGCCUCACUUACAAAUGUCGGGCAACCAAACACUUGGUGAACCUGCAAGGUCAAAGCAAAAUAUAAUUUCACAUUUCAUAUGAUUGUGCAUCCAUGGUGUAUGCGAUGCUGAGCAAAAUUAUUUUUGACCUUUAACUUGUAUGUGUGUCUGUCUUGUCCAGGAAGAGCAAUGUGUUUUUUUUUACCUUUUGUAUGUCAAAACUUUGAGGCGGUAGAAAGCGUUGGCCAGAUGCAGUGGCGUCCUCCGGCCGUGUUUGGCCACGAUCUUGGGAGACUUUUGUGGAGGUGCAGUGAAUUGCCAUCCAAAGUAACAUUUUCGUAAGGUUCAACACACACACGGACGGACCUCAAAAACCCAUGAUUUGGUCCAUAGCUGUCUUUACUGGGCAGGAGAACCACGACAUGUAAACAUUACAUAUGCCUUAUCGUAUAACAUUUACAUACAGACGGUCACGUAUGAAUGUAACGCCGCAGAUUUGGGUCAACGAUAUCCCGGUUUGAUAGCAAGGUAAAGCACAGGUGUUUGAAACGAAGACCCAAGUCGGUGGGGAAGCAGUAAAAGUUUCAAUGAGUUUAGCAAACCAACAAAUAUCGGCUGCUUCUAUACACAGAGGCAAAGAUACCGAGCAAACGCCACAUGUUCAAGACAAUUAAAUUAACAUUUACUGUUGUACGAAAUUCUGAGUGGACGUAAAUAAUUGCAUUACUUGAGACCCUUGCUCUUGAUCGCAAAAGAAUUCUAAUAAACCGCUCCAAGAUAAAAGCCCAUUAUUUUUUUAAAGUUUCACCUUUUCAUCAGUUAACUGGCAAAUCCCAUGUUUUUACAAUAAAAAACAGUCCUCAUUUGAUUUGGUGAAUAAGAAAACGCCUUUUGUUUAGUGAAUUAUAAUUGGCCCUUUACCACACGACGCAUGAUUUUAUUUUCGUCGCGAUUAAGUGAGGGCAAAGUUGUAGAAAUUAUUCUGUGUUGCCUCGGAUGUGCAAAGCUGUUUGACAAAAUUUGAAUCGAUGGCCCGACACCCCGUCUCAGUUGCAGCUGCGUCUGGUACACUUUCAUUUCAAUAUUGAUGACAGUCUGGGGUUUUCUUGCCUUGAUACAAAACAUCACACUUGGCUUUGCACCAUCGACCAUUAUUCUUUAACCAGCACACCCCUUAAAGCAUUCAAUGUAUAUAUUUUUUUUGAUAUUGAGAGCUAACUUUUUUCAUUCAUUUUCAAUUAUCGGAGCUGGAAUUUUCUGUUUCAAGUUAGAACAACCAUUUUUGGCACCGACUUGUGGCAGAAUUGUUGUAUAUAUUUUAUAAAAUGUUAAAAGAAUAAAAAAAUGAAAUGGAAA